AUAAUAAAUAUGUACAUCAUAAAAUCAUUCAGUCCGCUGUACAUGUUUCGAUGUCAUUCAUUUAAAACCAUUCGUUCAAAGUUUGACGAAGUUUAGGUUUGUGUUACCUCUGUGACUUGACAACAGUCAAUGUUUCACCUGAGUGAAACAGGUGUUUCUGUUAUUAUUAUAUUUUAACACGUAGCGAUCUAACAAAAUAUUAAUUGAAUAAAAGUUUUAAAGCUUUUUAUGAUAAUUACACUGCAUUUAACUUAAUAAAUUAUGUUUAAACUGUAAAUUAGUUACUAUUUUAAUUCGCUAAAGUGUGAAGUGUGACAAAACAGUAAACUUUCUCAGCUUAUCAAUUUCGCGGUUCUAAACGGUGGCAAUUUGUUUAAAAUGAGUUGAACAAACUUUCGUGCGGUCGUUGUGUACAAGUGUUGUGGUAAAAGUGCCGUGAAAAACUAUAAAAAUGACAACAGACAGAUUUCAUAAAGCGGCCAAAGAUGGUUUGCUGGAGGUGUUGCGAGAGGCGACUCGCAAGGAAUGCAACAAUAAAGAUGAGUCUGGCAUGACGCCCACACUCUGGGCUGCCUUCGAGGGACAUAUCGAGGCACUCCGACUUUUGUGUGGAAGAGGCGGAGAUCCAGACAAAGCCGAUUACUUCGGUAACACAGCCCUCCACCUCGCAGCCGCGCGUGGUCACAAAGAAUGCGUCACCUUCCUCAUCAACUUCGGAGCCAAUGUGUUUGCCAUGGACGUGGAUGGUCACACCGCACAAGAGUUAGCAGCUAUCAAUGAACGAAACGAUAUACUGCGGUUUUUAGACCAGGCAACUGCGAAAUUGGAGAACCAUGAUAAGAAAAAGGCUAAAUCUCUAAAAGAGAAAGCAAAGAAAGACUAUGAGAAAUCCCACAAACAGUACCAGAAACGGCAGAGUAAGGCCGAGCUAAUGGCUGAGAAGGAGCUAAAGAAGCUGGCCAAGGAGUGGGACCAGGGGUAUGCUGAGGAGGUCCACACCAUGCCACAUAGGCCCAGCAACGUGCUUUGGGCGCUGAAGCAGAAGAUGACCAGGUCUACUAGCCAUGGCAACCUCCUCUCGGACGAUCAACCUCGGCCGACAUACAGCGCGCUGGUAGGCACUGUCAACUCCGGCGCAAGGGGGCGGGGCGCGGUGUACAAGAAGGCACUCGCUAGCAAGCUGAGGAACAACACUAUUGGGAAGAAUAAUAAUGUGAAUACUGAUGAUUUUAAGGUCGGAGAGAUCGAGACGACAGGUCGUAGAUCAGUGACGUCACUGAAUGGAGUCCGUCGGGAUUCAGAAGUUAUGUAUGUGGGUACCUUCGGCGCCGGGCCGCAGCAGAGAGGCAACGUGUCUGACGUGUUCGCUGAGCACCCGCCCGAGCCCACCGUGCCUAAGAAGUCACUUACCAGGUCUGCAAGUCAGCCAGACUUUGCGUUGCUGAACGAAGACAGUGGCAUUGGACAAGAGGUGAUGUUGCAGGAGCCAGCCAGUAUAUUCGAGAGGCCUGGGUUUGGCAGCGUGGCUUUCAGACGUUCAAUAACGGCGACGCUGAGUACGUUUGGCACUGGAGCGCCUGGCGAGGACCUGUCCAUUGGCUCUGCCGGCUCACUGGCUGCUAGACACGCGUACCAACCAGCUGAGUGGACUUCAGCACAGUCAGAGAGCUCAACCAUCACAUCAGAUGAAGAAGCCGAAGCUGAAGAAUCAGGUUACGCCUCUCUCGAGCGGUUCCUAGCAGCGUUCGGCCUCUCCCAAUACGUGCAGAAGUUCAAAGACGAACAAAUAGACCUUGAUGCUCUCAUGAUACUCACGGAAAGUGACCUGAAGUCCCUAGGUCUCCCUCUAGGACCUUACAGGAAACUGGUGACUGCAAUCCAAGAAAGGAAACAGGCCCUAUCACACCCUGGACCUAUUAUAGACACGGCUUUAUAAACUGGUGCAAUUUUUUCGUUGUUUCAAAUAUCGUUUUUGCCAAUGCAAGGUGGCGCCACUGAUGAGUUUGGUCCUGUAAAAUCAGUGUUUGAAUUUUUACUUGCCAUUUUAAUGAAAUUGGGCAUAUUUUGAUUCAAUGUUAGUAAAAUGUUUGGUUUUAUAACGUAAGUAAGAAUGGAAACAACUCUUUUAGUAGACAAUUAUACAAUAACUUAUUUUUAAAUGCACUUCAGAGCCAAGAAACGAAGUUUUUUUAAAAAUAUAACGAAAUGUACUUAAUAGAAUAUGAGUUAGUGCCUCAUUUAAAUGUGAUAUAAGUGUAACGUCCAAUCGCCAUAAUUAUUAUAAAUA